UAUUUAAUUGAGAGAUAAGGUUGUAUAUAUUAAGACAUUCAUCUUUCUGAUUUACAUAUGGUCAUAGUCAUUAAAGCAGUUUAAUUAACACAUUGUUCUCCUUCUAGGUUGUGCACCAGAGCCCAGAGUGGCUGAGAAAGAAUCAGCUAGCCAGCAUCUGCAGAUUCAGGCCCCUGGUGACCUCUGUUCCAUUUACUGCUCUGUUCUCAUCGUUGGUUACUUGGUUGGUUGGACAGUAGGAAGAUCAGCCAGUUGUUUAGAUUGGGGAUGUUUUGUGGGUUUGGUUUUUGUUUUUAGGAUUUGUUGACUUUAUUUCAUUUCAUCAUUUCAUGUGUAUGAGUGUUUUGCCUACAUUUAUAUCUGUGUGCCUGGUGCCCUCAGAGGCCAGAAGAGAGCACUGGAUCUCCUGGGACUGAGGUUACAGAUGGUUGUGAGUGUCCUGUGGGUGCUGGGAAUAAACCAGGUCCUCUGCAAGAGCAGCCAGCGCUCUAACCACUGUGCCACAUUUCCAUCUCCAUGGAGGCUUUACUGAUGUGAUUGGCUGGUUAGUAGUUGGUUAAUCGGUUGGUUGAUUGGUCAGUAGGUUGGUUGAUCAGUUGAUUGGUUGGUAGGUUGAAUUGAGGUUUUGUUGUUCUUAUGAUUGGUUGAUUGCUUGGUUUGGUUUGUCCUCCUGUUGUUAAUAGUUGGUUGGUUGCUGUCAGCUGUUGUUCUCUGAGACAGAGUCUCACACUGUAGCCCAGGUGAGCCUCAAACUCAUGACUCCUGCCUCAGCUUCCUGAGUACUGAGGUUAUAUGCAUGAUCUACUACAUUCAACCCAAUUUUCUGUUUAUUCAGCUGCUCCAGAUUCCACAUAUAAGUGAUAGUGGCUGUAAUGGUUUAAAUAAAAUCCCACAGUGAGGGCCACGAGAGGCAGUGAAUCUCAGGUAGGGAGCCACAUGGUGGGUGAGAGAUUGAGAGCAGCAAGUCCCAGGCAGGGAGACAUGUGGUGAGUGAUAGACAGAGGCACACCGUGCAGAGUGAGGCUGGAUCUUUAUUUAGUGGAUUAUGGAAGGGAAAGGGGAGAAUGGGAUAAUGGGGAAGAACAGAGAGAGGCAGAGAGAGAGAGACAGAGAGAGAGACAGAGAGAGAAACAGAGAGAGACAGAGAGAGAAGCAGAGAGAGAGUGGGCGAGGACAUGAGCAAUAGCAGCAGCUACCUCUUUGGGAGCGAGAUGGAAAGAAAGGGCUCAGACUGGAUGCAGAAGGAAGAUGUGCCUGCCUCAGCAGGUGGGGAGAGGGAGUGGGCGUGGCUCGUCUCUUAAAGGGACAGGAUAGAUCAUUACAUUUCCAUCUCUUUUUUUAAUAAUAAAAAAGCAGGAGGUUAGGCACAACAGGUUAAAGGAAUUGGGGCGAUGGAUUUUCAAGACUACUUCCUGCUUAUUUGUGGGCAUAGUCUUGGGGGGGGACGUGAGAAAGCUGGGAGCUGGUCACAUCCUGGCAUAGCUGGUCUCUUUGCCCCUGUCUAGUGUUUGUGGUAUGGAAAUUUCUGGUGUUUCUUACAUCUGUUUAAGGUAUUGGCAGAAGAAAGGACAAAGUUAAGUUUAGGGGGGAAAAUUAGGAACAGGGAAUUCAGAGGGGUGUAUCUGACCUGUUUAAGGUGGAUCCUUCAAUUCGGCUCCCUGGAACUCACAAGAAUUCUUUGGGACUGUGAAAACAGACAGUAGCAUACCUAAAUCGGAAUGACUGUGACAGACGUUUUUGCAUAAUGAAAAGUAUCUUCAAAACUACGGAAGGCAGCGUGAGAGAGAUUUGAUAACUUGUACAUGAAAUCUGUUUGGUGAGGCUGCCCUUUUAAACAACAAAACCUCUCAGCUGUCAAACUGCAUCAGAGAUCUUUGAGAAGGAUAAAUUUUUACUUGAGUUACUGAUUUAAAACAACAGAGAACUUACUUGGUUGGCACCCAGAGCUACUCCUCGGAGUCCUCCAUGGUUGCUGAGGGUCAUAUUUGCCUUUUGCUGUUUUGCACAUGGCCUGCCAGGCUCUAGAAAAUCCUGUGAGCUAAUCUAUAGGAAAAAAAGCCUAUCUUGACCUGAGCAGCUAAGCUGUCAAUUCCAACGAUUCUUUCCACUGUCUGGAAAUCUUCAGUUUAGAAGAAAAACAGUUUAUCCCAGUGGUCAGCACUUGGCAGUUGAAGUGAAUUGUUGAUGGACGUUGUUCUGUUCCCAUCUGCCUUCUGUCUUCUUUGGAGGAAGUAGAGUGCUGCUGCUAGGAGCCAACCUGUCUCUUUUUGUUAUGGAAAGUUUUUUAAUAUUUAAAUAUUUAAAUGGCAUAUUCCCCAGAUCGCUGAGCAGUUAAGGACUGUUUACUGGGUAUAGAUAAGUUAUAGAAUCUGUCUGGAGAGCUGGGUCUGAGCUUGACUAUACUGGCUCUCAACUUAACAGGUGAUAUUUACACUUGUAAAAAGACAGAAAGAAGUAAAAACUGCUUGCCAUAGAAAGUAAAUGCCAGAACUGACAAUAGUAGAGAACAGCUUAAUAUAUUUUAAAUCAGGGUUGAAUUACAUAUAUAGUAUUUUUUUGUAAGAGACUUGAAAGUACAUUCCAAUUUAAAACUUACUGCUUUGUAGUCUGGAAUGAGAUACAAUGAACAGACAAUUAUAACAUUUAACAGAAAAUACAUAUGUACAUAGGUACAUUUAAGUUACAUGUGUGUACACACAUACAGAGUGACAGGAAUUGGGUGAAGUGGAUGCUCUUGGUGGGCCCUACCAAAGGCAUGCGGCUGCACAAAACACACAGGUAACAGAGUCAACACCAGGGAACCAGACAUGGAAUACCUCAAUAAAGAUGGCUGAACUUGGUCACCUGAUCAGGCUCUCAAUUAAGAUGGUGGUGAAGUGACCUGACCUCAGUUAAGAUGGUGCUAAGGUCACCUGACUUCAGUCAAAGUGGCAGUGGUCACAUGUUGUAUGGAAGAGAGACCCAGAGGUGUGAUCCACCCUGUUGCUGAGCCACCAUGCCACAAGCAGCAGCAGAGAGCAAAGGCUGGAAUUGAAAACAGCUGCCUUGUGAAUCCGACCAAUCUUGGCAGUAGCAGUGGCAGGAACAGUUUGGGAAAAGUGGAGCUGGUGGGACACUGGUGGAGCAUAGUUUGAGGGUUUAUACCAUAGCUGAAAAUGUAAAAACUCAUGAAAAAUACCACAUGUCCCAUAGAAGAGUAUCCUCUCUCUAUAGACAGGGUGUGAAAUGGCGGCGAACACCGCAGGGUCUGUAGGAGAGCGUCUUCUCUCUACAGGUGCAAUGUUAAAGCCUGACUGGCUCCGGUCUGGGCAACUUGGAAGCCAAAGAAGCUAGGGGCCGCUCUGAGCAGUCUCUCACAGCGGGGAUGACUUACAAGUGGUCAAAAAGAAAAGAACAGAAAAGAAAGGAGACAAAAAAGUCUGAAGGACCCUGGCUCCCCCAAAUCAAAUUCACUCUGUAGGCAUACCAUACAGAGUGAGGUUGGAUAUUUAUUUAGUGUGUUAUUGAAAGGAAAGGGGAGAAGAGGAGAAGGAGGAAGAGCAGAGAGCGACAGAGAAAGAGAGACAGACAAACAGACAGACAGAGAACCAGAGUUGGGGGGGGGAGAGGAGCCAUGGCAGCAGCUACUUCUUUGGGAGAGAGAUAGAAAGGAAGAGCUCAAACUGGAAGCAGAAGGAAGAUCCAUCUGCCUCAGCGGUGACCAGUGGAGGGAGUAGACAGUGUUUGUCUCUUAAAGGAACAGGACAGAUCAUUACAGUGGCAUUAAUUGCCUUUUUGUGCCUAUGUUAUAGCACUUAACAACACAUUCUCAAGGUCAAUCCACACCGUUCCAAAUGGCGGGGUGUCCUUUCUGUGACUGAAUAAUAUUUCAUUAUAAAUGUACAUCCUAUGCAUGCAAUUUCCUUUUGUUCCUCAUGUGUCUGUGGACACUUAGUUCUUUCUGUCAGUUCCUUUGCCUGUGAUACAAUGAUCUUGGGAGUUCAUAUAUGUCUUCCACACACUGAUUUUGUUUUCUUUGGAUAUUCCACCACUACCAGAGCUCCGAGAUUCCAAGGUGACUCUACGUAUUGUUAUGUGAGGAAGUUCCAGAUAUAACUGCACAUAUGGCAGACAGGCCCUGCUACCCUUGAUUUUAUUGGAUAAAUCCUGAGGGCACAGCUAGGUCACACAGGAGUUCUAGCUCUAGUUCAAGACCCCCAGACUGGUUGCUAUGGUGGCUGUGCUGGUUUGGACCCCAUAGUGGGUCUUCUCCUUGUCACUAGCAUCUGUUGUUUUCUUGGUUAGAGCCACUCUCUCUAGGGUGAGUCUCCAUGUUACUUUUUUGAUUUCAGUUUGGAGUCAAAGUCUCACAUGGCUGAGACUGGUUUUGAACUCAGCCUCCAUCUGCUGAGUGCUGAGAUGACAAGCAUUGUGUGAAAUUAUUACUGGGGACAUGAACAAAUAGUUUCCUGUUACUCCAGAUAGGAAACUCACAACAGGACAAAUUGCAGCCAACUUGUCCACCGAAGUCCAACUUGUUGGACCACAAGUUUUAUUGAGGUUCCCUACAUGAGCAGAAAUGAUUCACAGACAGCUGCAUCACCAAAGCCCACCCCAGCAUGUGUGACAGCUCACAAAGCCAGGGGCCUGGAGUGUACUGCACAGCCUGCAGGCAGCCUGACAGGUUGGAGAGAGUCCUUCUAGGUGCCUCAGAUGGGCUGAACCUCUUCCAUGAGCUCAGCUGGUCUCUGUUUCUCAACAGGUCUAAUACCUUAUGCCCACUUGAGGAAGGAGGGGUCUAGUCAACCUUGUUGCUUUGGAGGACUUCCUGAAGUUUGAGUUUGUUUACUUCCUGUGCUUGACUAAGGGUUCCCCUAGGGGCCAGGAAGUUCUCAUCUCAGAGAAACCUUCCACAGGGUGCCCAUCUUGCUGUGCCUCCACACCCACUUCUCAAUGGACUUUUCGAUAUGUAUUUUUCUGAGAGGCUCAAUACUAUUCUCAGGGAUGUACAGAUCUCUUGUCUUCUUCUGAGAACUAACUGUUCAACCCUCGCCCGUGUGCACUGGCUGCUUUGUUUCCUUGUUUGAUUUGCCAGGCAAAUGCUGGCAAAGACUUCCCAUGCCAUGGGCCACUUAUUCCCACUGCAGGUCUGUUUCAUUCCCUCUGCUGUAUAAGUACUUUCCAAAUUGACGAAUCUCAUUUGUUGUAUUUAUGGAAGAAGACAGUGGAUAUUUAUUUAUUUAUUUAUUUAUUUAUUUAUUUAUUUAUUGUUUUCUUGUUCUUAUCUCCCCAAAGGGGCUCUGGGCCUUCCAGAUCAUCUCUGUCUUUUUCACCCCCAGGUUUCUUUUAUGUUUUAGAUUUAUUUUUCAUGUGUAUGUGGGUGUAUCUGUUUGUGGGUAUGUGUACACAUGUGCAGUGCUCCAAGAGGCCAGAAGAAGGCACUGGGUCCCCUGUAACUGGAGUUGCAGGCAGUUUGAAGUCACCAUGUGGGUGCUGGGAACCUAACUCCAGUCUCUGACAAGAACAGCAAGCACUCUAGACCAGAGAAUUAUAUCUCCUGCCCUGACCCCAGGUUUCCAGGCCUCCUUCAGUGGCUAAGACAUUGUAAGAGUAAAUAACUGUUACCAAGAGACUGAAUGAUUUGAAGUCUUAGUAUAUAUAACAAUAGCACAGAGGGGAAGAAAUCUGAAACAUUUCUAAUUUUUUAUAUACCUUAAAUCACAUUCUUAUGCCUUUACAUUAUACAUUUAGAUACCUUAAAUUACUUUCUUUUUUUAAAGAUGUAUUUAUUUAUUAAGUAUAGUGUUCUGCCUGCAUGUAUGCUUGCAGGCCAGAGGAGAGCACCAGAUCUGUGACCUGGGAUGUGUUUGCUGGGAAUUGAACCCAGGAUGUCUGGAAGAGCAGCCAAUGCUCUUAACAUCUGAGCCACCUCUCCAGCCCUUAAAUUACUUAGACCCUUACAAUUUACAUAAAUUUUAAGCCUUUUCUUUCCAUUCAGUCAUUUACCAUGAGAGACAAGUGGUUGAUUGUUGACAGAGGUUUCUGUCCUACCCAGUCCUGCAGCCAUUCAGUCCCAAAGAAACACACAGAGGCCUACAUUAAUAUAAACUGGUUGGCCUAUUAGCUCAGGCUUUCUUAUUAACUAACUCUUACAUCUUACAUUAACCCAUAAUUCUAUUAGCUCAGGCUUUCUUAUUAACUAACUCUUACAUCUUAUAUUAACCCAUAAUUCUAUUAGCUCAGGCUUUCUUAUUAACUAACUCUUACAUCUUACAUUAACCCAUAAUUCUAUUAGCUCAGGCUUUCUUACUAACUAAUUCUUACAUCUUAUAUUAACCCACAAUUCUAUUAGCUCAGGGUUUCUUAUUAACUAACUCUUAUAUCUUACAUUAACCCAUAAAUCUCUCUGUGUUAGCCACGUGGCUUGGUACUUUUAUCAGUGACACAGUGUCAUCUUGCUUUCUCUGUGUUUGGGUGAUGACUGCAGACUGAGCAUUUCCUCUUUCCAGAAUUCUCCUCUUCUGGUAGCCCUGCCUACACUUCCUGCCUUGUUGCUGGCCAACCAGUAUUUUAUUAAACCAAUACAAGUGAUCAAUCUUUACAGGGUACAAGACCAUUGUCCCAUGACAGUUGAUUACUGAGAGUAAUCACUUCAAAACAAAUACUUCUAAAAAGAAAAGGAAUAAAAAAAAUCUAUGUUGAGUCAUGUUAUGAUGGCACACACCUUCAAUCUUAGCACUUGGAACUCAGAGGCAGGUGGAUCUCUGUGUGUUCAAGGCCAGCCAAGUCCACAGAGCAAAUUUCAGGACAGACAGGGCCACACAGAGAAACCCUGUCUCAAAAAAUUAUAAAAAGAAAGAGAGGGGGAAAAGGGGGAGAGAGGAAGAAAGGAAGGAAGGAAGGAAGGAAGGAAGGAAAGGAAAGAAACCCAAACACAGACCUAAUAUUUCUUGGGGGAUCAAACAUAAGUAUAGAGGACUCAGACAGCAGCGUUUCCGGAAGCCUCACCCACACUGGGUGGCACCUCUCUGGAGUUGUCAUUGAUGUCAUGUCCUGUCACUGUCAGCGUCUGUCCCGCCCCAUCAUGUGUGUCUUGCCUCCCCACCCACGGCCAGCGCUAACACUUCACUGCUUCUAAAACUGCGAUGGAGCCUUUUCAGUCUUGGCUGCACUUCCUGGGCUUGGGAGUCUUCAGUGGGAAUGUUUAAAUUGGGAAGAAAUAGCUGCAUGGCAGAACGGCUUGGGAAAGGGUAAUCAAAAGGCAAUGGUAAGAAGCCAAUGCAUUCAAUGACUUGAAGUUGAAAGUUCAAAUAGAACAAGACAAAAGAGACAGAAGUGGAGAGUGGACAGCAGUUAAGCAAAGGAAAUGCGACCAGAGGCUUUGGUGGGGGAUACCCACCUUGACAAAGGUGUGAAGUCCUAAGACAGCUUGCAGGAGCCGGUUCUCUCCUGCCACCAUGUUGUUUCUCAGGGCUUGAACUCAAACUUGUCACCAAGCAUCUCCACCCUCUGACCCAUCUCACUAGGUCUUUGCCAAAAGUUAUUAUUAUUAUAGUCAAUUUAUUCAUUUUAUAUUGUGUGUGUGUGUGUGUGUGUGUGUGUGUAUGUGUGUGUGCUCUCAGAGACCAGAGGUGUCUGAUCCCCUGGUGCUGGAGAUACAAGGGAUUGGGAACCACCUGGUGUGGGUUCCAGGAACCAAACUCGGGUCUUCUGGUAGACCAGCACAUACCCUUAACAGAGCCAUCUCUCUAGCCCUAAGCCAGAGGUCUCUGAUAAAGCUUAGAAAAACUGUGUUAGACAAAAACAAGACAGAGAGGCUGGAGGGAUCCAGGGUAAAGGCAUGGUGAUCUGGGUGUCAUGUGGUCUGCAGGAAGACCCUUACGUCCACGGGUCUCACCUCCUGUGGACACAUGGCAAAGCAGGUGUCUGUCCUGUGCUCCAAAGGCCAGCAUGCCUGUGUUUCUGGGUGUGUCCCCACCAACCAUAACAGGUGCAUCUUCAACACAGACGUGUUCAGUGCUGGAGGUGAGAAGUAUAAACACCACUGCCAGGUGCUCUGAGAUCGAGGGGAAGGGAGGCUGCUGGAUGUGUGGCCAUGCGUUUAUACACUAAACAUAAUGCAUCUGCCCUGAGCUAACUGUGGGCUGGGAGAGGACUCUGUUAUAAAAUGUUCGAUAUACAAACAUGAGGACUGAAUUCAGCCCCUGAGAUAUGAAUUGUGAGAAAGAACUGACUCCUCCAAGUUGCUCUCUGGCUACUACGUGUGUAUGUAUGCAUAACCAGGGAGGAGGAGAGGGAGAGGGAGACGGAGAAGGAGUAGGAUAGAGAGAAAAAAACAGACAUGGCAGCAGAAGUUUAUAAUCCCACCUCUGGGGAGACAAAACCAGGCUCGUUCCCUGACUUGCUGACAUGCUAGACUGCUUGGGGAGCUCCAAGUGGGGAAAGACCUCAUAUCAAAAACCAAAAUGGAGAAUACAGCCCCUGAGAAACAACACCCCAUAUUGACAUCUAGCCUACACACACACACACACACACACACACACACACACACUAUGCACACAUAUACAUGCAUACACACACAUACACAUACACACAACAGAAACUUAAUAAGCAGGCUGAUACUGUAUCUCCUCUAUCACUGGGAACACUUAGUCCAACCUGCAGACUCUCUGUCUCUCUUGAACCAUCCCAAAUAUUCCAUUUCCGGCUGUUAUUGAUUUUCAGAUCUUCUCUCUGACAACGGUAUGGAAAUGAGCCUCUCUUCACGGGCCCAGACAUGUCUUGAUCUACCUAUGUCAUCUUGGGCAAGGUCUCCCUACGUCGAAUCUUGACCUCUUCAAAAUCCCACGCAUGAUUCAGCCCCAGGGGUCUGGUGAGCUGUGUCCUCUGAUCUCCCACUGUGGAGCUGUCUUGUGCACUUUAGCUUAGUGACGGACUUCAGUUGUAAAUAUUGUUACGUUGUGCUUGCUUGAGAGGUACCGUGAUGGUAUCUUUCAGAUACCAGGGUGGAAUUCUCUGUGUUCUGUCACAAGUGGAUUCUAGGCAGAGGCUCUACUUCUGAGCCACACCCCCAGCUCCUCACUGGGGGAUUCUAGGCAGGGGCUCCAUCCCUGAGCCACACACCCAGCCCCUAACUUGAGCUGAACCUGAAUUUAUUCAUAAAUUUUCAUCCCCUUCCUAGUGAGACUCCAGUGGGGGAGGGGGAGGGCCUCCACCGAACAGUUGCAGUAUGAUGUAAAAUUAUCCCACUGGGACCCUUUACCAAAUCACCUGCACUUCCCUAGACAGUGAUGCACUCUGGGAGGAUGGGGGCAUCAAAUGUGUCAACAACCUCAGAUUUUACACUCGUGGGGCUCUUCAGUCACACAGGACCUCAUCUCAUCCUCUUCUUCCUCGUGGCCACCAUGUUCACCACAGGACUGCUAGGCAACACCAUACUGAUUUUCCUGAUCGCCACAGACUCCAGACUCCACAUACCCAUGUACUUCCUGCUCAGCCAGCUCUCACUUCUGGAUAUUGGCUUCCCACUGGUCACCAUCCCCAAGAUGGUGGCUGACUUCCUGCAGGAAAGAAACGCCAUAACCUUCGGGGGAUGCGCCACCCAGAUGUUCUUCCUCAUGCUCAUGGGUGUCUCUGAGGGCGUCCUUCUUUCCUUCAUGUCUUAUGACCGCUACGUGGCUGUGUGCCACCCCCUGCAUUACCAGGUGCUCAUGCGAGGCCAGGUGUGUCUGGUGAUGGUGGGCGCAUCCUGGUUCUCAGGUGAGCUUGUGGCCUCCACCCUGACCUCCAUCACCCUGAGGUUCCCCUACUGUGCCUCACACACGGUGGAUCACUUCUUCUGUGAGCUUCCAGCUCUCCUCAAGCUGUCAUGCGCAGACACAUCCGCCUAUGAGUUGGCACUAUCCAUCUCCGGGGUGCUGAUCUUACUGUUGCCCCUGUCUCUCGUCUUUACCUCCUACGGCCAUGUUCUGGGGGCUGUGCUGCGCAUGCACUCAGCCGAAGCUAGACACAAGGCUUUCACCACAUGCUCGUCACACAUGGCUGUAGUGGGUCUAUUUUACGGGGCAGCCGUGUUCAUGUACAUGGUCCCGGGCAGCUACCACAGCCCACAACAGGACAACAUGGUAUCCCUCUUCUACAGCCUCAUCACACCCACCCUCAACCCCCUCAUCUACAGCCUGAGGAACAGAGAAGUCCGAAUGGCCUUCGUCAAGGCCAUGGGCAGAGCAGACUUCAGGGUGAAGCAGUGACGUUCUGGGGUGCUGGUUUUCCCAGGAGUCCUUCUGUAAGGCUGGAUACAUGCGUGGUUUACUGCAACUGGCCAGCUGCCUCCUCCAGGGUGCACUUCUCCCUUCUGUGUGAAAACUAGAAGUUACACUCCAGCUCGGGGUGCAUGCCUGUCAUCCCUGCACUCCCAUACAAGGGCGCCAAGGCAGUUGUACCCCAGCUCGGGGUGCAUGCCUGUCAUCCCUGCACUAGUACAGGGGCGCCAAGGCAGUUGUACCCCUGCUCAGGUGCAUGCCUCUCAUCCCUGUACUCCCGUAUAGGGGCGCCAAGGCAGUUACACUCCAGCUCGGGUGCAUGCCUGUCAUCCCUGCGCUCCCGUACAAGGGCGCCAAAGCAGUUGUACCCCAGCUCAGGUGCAUGCCUGUCAUCCCUGCACUAGUACAGGGGCGCCAAGGCAGUUGUUCUUCAGCUCGGGGUGCAUGCAUGUCAUCCCUGCACUGGUACAGGGGCGCUAAGACAGGAAGGGCACCUCAAGUUUCUGCCAUCAUGGGACACAUAGCAAGAAGCUGCCUCAAAAAAUACAUUUAGUCAGGCAGUGGGGGCACAUACCUUUAAUUUCAGCACUCAGAAAACAAAGGCAGGUGGAUCUCUGUGAGUUCAAGGCCAGCCUGGUCUACAGAGUGAGUUCCAGAACAACCAGGACUACCCUGAGAAAUCCUCUCUCAAAAAAAAAAUGAUAAUAAUAGUAAUAAUAAUGCAUGAAGGGGAAAGCGGGUGAGUUGGCCGUUUGGAGCACCUGCUGGUCCUGUCAGGACCUGUGUUGGGUUCCCAGCACCCACUUCACACACACAGCCAUCUGUAACACCAGCUCCAGGAGAUCUAAUUCUCCUCCGGCCUCCUUGGGCAGAUAUAGCACACAGAUAUGGCACAUAGACACAUAAUAAAUGUUUUGUAAAUUAUUUAAGUAGGAGCGCAGGUGUAUUAGGCUGUGCAUGGUGAAACACUGUUGUGAGGAGCAGCGGGCUGGUCUGGAUAUUGCCUCCACCUCUCUCCAAUUUCAAAAUGGAGGACGUACCAUUUUUUUUUGCUAGCUCUGGGGUCACCAGGUAGGAGCCUCACUCAGCACUUUAACUCUGAGACUGAGUGUGCGGCACAGAAACUCUUUUCAUCCAAGUCACAGCCAAAUCUGACAGGCAGAGCACUGCGCAGCACGGAAACACCUCUCUGUAUGGCGGCAGGAAUCCGCCAUGCUCUUCCGCCUGCCUAAGCCUGAUGCAGGCGGGGAGCGCUGAGCCAUUGACAUGGUCUCAGAGUUCUUUCUUUCCCAUCCUGAGUGGGAACACAAACAUCCAGUCCCUUAAAGGCCAUUGAUAUGCUUUAAAGCCGGAGUCCUUGCUGGCGGCACAGCCCAGGAAGCUGCAUUUUAAAACCGCAGCUUUUUUCCUGUUAUGGCUACUGAGUCAGAGAAAUUUCUCUACAGCACACCCUAGCAAACAGCAAAAAGCUGUGUUAAGCUCUCUCAGGUUUUACAUGGAGUUUGUUACCACGUUGGGCACCACUCUGUAGUGAAAGGAAGCAGCGGGCUGUGGCUGGUUCCCACACGGCUAGCUUUACCGGAAAUAAUUACAUGGAAACUGUAUUCUUUUAAAUACUGCCUGGCCCGUUAUCUGUAGCCUCUUAUUGGCUAAUUCUCACAUCUUGAUUAACCCAUUUCUAUUAAUCAGUGUAGCACCAUGAGGUGGUGGCCUACCUGGAAGGAUCUUAACCUGCGUCCAUCUUGGAGAGGAGAGCUAUAGCAUCUGCCUCACUUCCCUUCUUCCCAGCAUUUUGUUCUGUCUACUCCACCCGCCUAUGUUCCGAUCUAUCAGGUCAAGCAGUUUCUUUAUUAAUUAACCAAUGAAAGCAACAGAUAGACAGAUGACCCUCCUCCAUCAAAACACCUGUCACCCCAGCACUGGAGAGUUUGAGGCAGGAGGAUUGAGAUUUCACAGUCAGCCUGAAGAAAUGGCUGCAGCCCUGAAGUACUUGCCACAUAAGCAGAAUGAUGUGAGUUCAGAUCCCCAGAGCCCACACAAAUGCUGGGUGGUUGUGAUAGCCCACCUCUAAUCCAGCCUCCAAAGGCAGAGAUGAGAUUCCCCAGAGCAAGCUGGCUAGACAGACUAGCCACAUCGGUGAUCUAGAAUAAGGUGGAGGAGUGGAAGAGGAAUCCUAACAUCACCCCAGGCCUCCACAUGUGCACACACACAUACAUACAUGCAAAGAUGCAUACACACAUACAUGCCACACAUGAAAAAUAAUGGUAAAUACAAAUUAAAAAGCCGCUGGGCAGUGGUGGCGCACGCCUUUAAUCCCAGCACUCGGGAGGCAGAGGCAGGUAGAUCUCUGUGAGUUCGAGGCCAGCCUGGUCGACAGGCUCCAAAUUUACAGAGAAACCAGGUCUCAAAAAAACCAACCAAACAAACAAAAAAAUAAAUAAAUUAAAAAGCCAUCCAAGGUUAUUCUCUGGUACAUAUUGAGUUGAGGCAAACCUGGACUAUUCCAGAAAAGAACCAUUAACAGAUGUGGCCCUUCAACCUUGUAUUCACAGAACCACAGAGCAAAAUAAACCUCUUUUCCUUAUAACUUAUCAGUCUACAGCACUGUGUUAUAGCCACAGAAAGUGAACAGCGACAGCUCUAAUAGUCAACCUGUCUCACCCAUGACUAACAUUUCUACAGUUGGGCAGGGAUUGUUGUCUGGUGAUUUCCUCCAAACUCCCAGAGGAAGGAUGAAGGUUCGUAUUAUAUAUGAAGGAAAUAAACAAAACUUACAAGUCUCAGGAAACUCAUCAAAUUUACAGGAUUUGCAAGGCCCCUCCUCGAGGCUAUGAAGCAGUAAGAACUUCUAGGGUGGGGACGAUGAGAUGAAGCUGUCUGCAAGUGGCACAGCUUUUGUGAUUCGACCACCAUCCUGGGGUGAACUUUGGGAGCUCCCUUGAGUCACCCAUUCUCUCUAGGUGACCCCAAUAAACGCAUUGGUGCCCUGAACUAGAUUGGGUAGAGUGAUUUCUUUGGUCUGCGAUCAGUGUCUAUCAAGAGGGAACAAACCUUUCUCUCUUCAUUUCUCUCUAGGAAAGUCACAGGGCAUGGUGCACAUGCCUUUGAUCCCAGCAAUCUCCAGAGAAAGAAGCAGGUGUGUACCUGUGAGUUUGAGGCCAGCCCUGUCUACUUAGUGAGUUCCAGGCCAGCGAGGUCUACACAGUGAAAUCCUGUCACCAAGAAGGAGGAGGAGAAGGAAGAAAAAAGAGAAGGAAGAAGAAAAAAGAGGAGAUGGAAAAAGAAAAGAAGAAGCAGGAGGAGGGGGAGGAGAAGGAGGAGAAGGAGAAAAAGGAAAGAAGUCAUCGCAGGCCAGGACUCCUGGAUCCAACGUCUAAAAUCCACAAAGAACAGCCAACAAGACUGUGAAACUUCCAGCCUCUGCUGACCUUGGCAGUAAUUUUGCUUAGGUAAGAUUUUACCUUAGUAAAAGACAGUCACUCAGGGUAACCUUCACUAGCCAGGCCACAUACGAAUUACUCUGCUGUUUUGAUAGUGAUCGAGCUGAGUGGGGGAAUGAGAACUCAUCAGGGCUAUCAGCUCUGUCACUAAUUGAUGCUGCCAUUUGUUUCUUUGUUUGUUUUUCAAGUCAGGGUUUCUGUGUAGCCCUAGGUGUCCUGGAAACCACUCUGUAGGCCAGGCUGGCCUCUCCUUCCUGAGUGCUGGGAUAUAGACAUGCGCCACCACUACCUAGUGAUGCUGCCAUUUUUAAGCUUCUGUUAUCACUCACAGGAGACCCAAGGCUUAAGUAAGAUUGCUCAACUCAGGAUUUCAAGUGAAAGUGUCUGUACUGCUAUUAGUGGCUUACAGAGGCUUGAUUUGUGAGCCACAGCCCAGUCACUCACUGGGGGUUCUAGGCAGGGGCUCUACCCCUGAGCUAUAUUCCCACUUCUCCUGUUUCUUUUUCUUUUGGAACAAGGCCUAUCCUUGAAUUCACUCUGUUUUGUGAUUCUUCUGCCUCAGCCUCCCAGAAAACUGUGAUAACAUGUCUGCAUCACCAUGCCUACAAAAGGUCAGAGUGUCUUGACCGUCAGUGGUGGAGUGUUUGUACACAUUAGCAAAUCUUAACAGUCAGACUAAAUAGGUUUGUUUUUAAAUUACUUAUUUAUUACUAGUAAUGUAUUUAGCUAUUGUGCCUGUGGUCAGAGAACAACGUUCGGCAGUCAGGUGUUCUGCCAUGUUGAUCCCAGGGAUCAAAAUCAAGUCAGCCUUGAUGGCCAGCCUCUGCCCAGCAUGUCCCCUCACCAGCCCUAAAUUUGUUCUUACGUCCUCAGUGUCCUCAAAGAUGAGCAUCCACAAGACACACGGUGUCCUGGUCACUUUGCUCAGCUUGACCCUAGCUAGAGUUAUCUGAGAAGAGGGAACCACAGCUGAGAAAAUGCCUCUGGAUGAGCUUGUGGGCAAGCCUGAGGCACAUUUUCUUGAUUGAUGUGUAGGGACAACGUCAGUCCUGGGCUGGUGGUCCUGAGUUCUAUAAGAAAGCAGACUGAGCAAGCCAUGGGGAACAAAGCAGUAAGCAGCACCCUCCAUGGUCUCUGCUUCAGCUCCUGCCUCCAGAUUCCUGCCUUGCUUGAGUGAGUUUCUGCCUUGGCUUCCUUCAAUGGUCUGUGAUUCAGGAUGUGUAGUGAUAAGAGCGGCGGGGCUGUGUCCCCGGCACCCGGCCGCCCACAUGGCUAUCUUAUGCCCGAAAUAAUUACACGGAAACUGUAUUCUUUUAAACACUGCCUGGCCUGUUAUCUGUAGCCUCUUAUUGGCUAGCUCUUACAUAUUAAUCUAACCCAUUUCUAAUAAUCUGUGUAGCCCACGAGGUGGCUUUCCAGAGAAGAUCUUA